AUGGCAGCAGCAGACACCCCCUCGGCCACCACCCUCCGGCGCCGCGACUUGUGCAGCCGCGGCAUCCGCCUGGCCAGGAAGAUGCGUUCGGACGUUGCCGACCUCCUGGACAUCUACGUGGAACGGCAGGGCUUGGACGCCUCGGUCAGCGUGGCGGCGGUGGAGGGGGUGCCGGCGGCGGCAGCGGAGCACUGGAGCGAGCAGACGGGGACCCAGCGGCUCCUGGACAACCUGGUGGCAUACCGGGCCUUCCGCACGCUGCUGGCCCAGAUGCUGGAGGAGCAGCGGGAGCAGCUGGGCGAUGCCGACGCCGCGCUGGGCCGGGCGCUGGCAGCCGUCCUGCUGCAAGUCUCGGCCUUCGCCUACCACCUCGAGGAGCUGCUGGAGCUGGAGAGCCGCGGGCCCGCCGGCGACGAAGGGGAUGGGCCCCCCGCGCCCCCUCGCCUCAGUCUCUUUGAGCAGAAGCUGCGGGGCCUGGGGGUGCUGCGGGAGCUGGCCCAGUGGGCCGUGAGGUCCGUGAGGGACCUGCGGCAGCUCGCCCGGCCCGGCCCCGGUGCCGGCUCAGCCCCUGGCCUGGCCGAGGGCCAGUGAUGGCCGCGUGGGGUGCAGGGAGCCUGGGUCUGGUUAGGGUUUAGCCGGGGGGGUUCCAUCCAGCAGGACUCCUUUCCCACCCCUGCCGAGGGCUGCUCACAGUCACAGGGGAUUUUGGGGUGGGGGGCGGACG